GUACUAUAAAAUCUAAAAAUGGGUUGGCAGUACGUAGGCAAGAAUUGAAGUAAAUUAGAAGAGGUUUUUUAAUUAAUUUCCAUGGACAAGUUGAAGUUUGCUCGGAAUGGUGUAGCCAGACUGCCUCCUGGUUUCCGGUUCCAGCCGACAGACGAAGAGCUGGUCUUCAAUUACUUAAAAAACAAGGUCUUCUCAUGCCCCUUGCCUGCCUCGAUCAUUCCUGAUCAGAUCAAAGUCUGGGAGUACGAUCCUUGGGAUUUGCCUAGUGGUAAUUGGGAGCAAGACAUGUACUUUUUCAGCCACAAGGAAGCAAAGUAUCAAAACUCAAACCGAACCAAAAGAACAACUAACUCUGGUUAUUGGAAGGCAACCGGCUCCGACAAAAAAAUCGUGUCUUCUAAAAGGGAUAGUGUAAUGGGGAUGAAAAAGACUCUGGUUUUCUACAGAGGGAAGCCUUCCCAAGGAUUUAAAAGCGAUUGGAUUAUGCAUGAAUACCGACUUGUCGAUUCAGGAACUACAGCUUGCAUUUUAUCACAUGACGAGCUACAAUAUGACAACUCAAUUACCCAAAAUCCUAAUUUAGAUCAAGCGGAAAAUUGGGUUCUCUGUCGUAUAUUUUCGAAGAAAGGAAUUGGUGUGAAAAACAAUGACGGGGUUAUUAAUCAGGCCUCAUCGGACGACAAAGUCGAGAAUUUCGGUCCUACUGUUUCUUCAAGUACUACUGAUCAUUUGGGUACCCAAACUGUUUCUUCAAGUUCUUCGUCAUCUUCGAGUUCCCAGUAGUAUCAGGACUCGUGACUCGCUGAUCAUCAGGUUGAUCUCUAAUUCAAGUAUGGAGUAGAUUUAUCAUCAUGUAGAAGACAGUGCGCUAUUUUUCACUAA